CGUCAAUACACGUCAACGAGAGAACAUGAUGCCUCUUUGCAAGUCAACUCGUGUGCUCUGUAGCUGAUAGAGGCACCUCGAGCUGAAAUAUUAUAGCCCUAUUGUACUGGAGAACGUGGUGUGACAGCCCCCGGGAGCAGCAAAUGGCCUGCUUCGUAUCUUCGCCGCGCUGACGGAGAGAGUGUCGCCACAUUUGGCGUCCAAGCUGGCAGGGCGACACAGAAAUCAACUUUGUCUAUUUUUAAUGGACACGCUUCGAGCGGCGGCGGCAGAAGCGGUGGCGGCGGCGGCGGCGGCGGGCGGUUUGUUUUCCUUUCGUCUUUAUCUGUAGCUGCCCCAAAGCGAGCCCGUGCGGAGAGCCCCCCGUGUGUCCCCCCCCCCACCCCCUCACCCUCUCCUCCCCUGCUCGUCUGGCUACCUCCUUCUCUUCCCCACAAACAGUCCCAGUUAAGAACAGCAUGGUCAUGGCUGACAGUGUCCAAAAACCGCUGAUCCGGGGUCCGGUCCGAGUGGGCUUUUACGACAUCGAGCGCACUUUAGGAAAGGGCAAUUUCGCUGUGGUGAAGCUGGCCCGACACCGCAUAACGAAGACCGAGGUGGCCAUUAAGAUCAUUGACAAGACCCAACUGGAUGCUGUCAACCUGGAGAAGAUCUACAGGGAAGUUCAGAUCAUGAAGAUGCUGGACCACCCCCACAUCAUCAAGCUCUACCAGGUGAUGGAGACAAAGAACAUGCUUUACUUAGUCACGGAGUAUGCCAAGAAUGGGGAGAUCUUCGACUACCUGGCGAAACAUGGCCGUCUGAGUGAGCUAGAGGCCAGGAGGAAGUUCUGGCAGAUCCUGUCGGCGGUGGAGUAUUGUCACAACCGCAACAUCGUCCACAGGGACCUGAAGGCGGAGAAUUUGCUGCUGGAUGGCCACAUGAACAUCAAGAUAGCAGAUUUUGGAUUCGGGAACUUCUUCCAGCCCGGGGAGCCUCUGGCCACAUGGUGCGGCAGCCCGCCUUAUGCUGCUCCGGAGGUCUUUGAGGGCCAACAGUAUGAGGGCCCACAGCUGGACAUUUGGAGUAUGGGGGUGGUGCUAUAUGUGCUGGUGUGUGGCGCUUUGCCCUUCGAUGGGCCCACUCUGCCUGUGCUUCGACAGAGAGUCCUAGAAGGAAGGUUUCGCAUCCCUUACUUCAUGACUGAAGACUGUGAGCACCUGAUCCGCAGGAUGUUGGUCCUGGACCCAUCGAAGCGUCUGUCUGUGGCCCAGAUCAAGGAGCACAAAUGGAUGGCUCUGUAUGUUCCCGUACAGCGGCCUGUACUGUACCAACAACCUCUGUCCGCUGAGGGCGAGGUGGGCGUGGGAGAGUACAGUGAACAGGUCCUUCGCCUGAUGCACAGCCUUGGCAUUGACCAGCAUAAGACUGUAGAGUCUCUGCAGAACAAAAGCUACAACCACUUUGCUGCUAUCUAUUACCUGCUGGUGGAGCGGCUCAAGGCCCAUCGCUGCAGCUUUCCCGUCGAACAGAGGCUCGACGCCCGCCAGCGACGGCCCAGCACCAUCGCCGAACAGACUGUCGUCAAGUCGACCAGUGGUUCAGCCCAGGUGGGUUUACUCCCGCAGGGUGUUCGUCUGCUGCGUUCCCCUGCUGUGCCCCAAGCCUCCUCCGAUGCUUUCACCUUCCCCCAGACUGCAUGUCCCCUGGAGCAGAAUUUCAUGGUGGAGGACGUCAACACGCCCAAAGUGAACGGCUGCCUGCUGGACCCCCUGCCUCCCCCCACUGUCCUCCGCAAGUCCUCCACCUCGUCGCCUAGCAACAUGAUGGAGACGUCGAUCGAUGAGGGCAUCGAGACAGAGGAGCCCGACACAGAGGAUGAUCCGUCCCACCUACUCUCGGCCUAUCAGACAGCUCGGUUUGGCCAACGUCGACACACCCUCUCUGAGGUGACCAACCAGCCAGGUCCUUCAAACCAAGGUAAAUUAUUCACUCUCGGCCACAACCCCUCCAUGGGUAGCGUGGACUCAGACAUGGGCUACGACAUGGGCUCCAUGCACAGCGACCUGGGUCUGCUGGAGGAUCCCCCCUCUCUCAGUGAAGUGGUACCAAGCAACAGUUCUGCCCCCGGCGUCUCCCCUACGCCUUUCUUGAGUGCUCUGCCCGCCAACCCAGCAAUGGCCGCCCUGACUUCCCAGCAUAGGGAGGCGCACAACCGCUCACCCAUCAGCUUCAGAGAAGGACGCCGUGCCUCUGAUACCUCCCUCACCCAAGGUCUGGUUGCGUUUCGGCAGCACCUCCAGAACUUGGCGAGGACCAAAGGCAUCCUGGAGCUGAACAAAGUACAGAUGCUGGUGGAGCAGAUGGGCUCUGGGGAAGGGGCCGCCAUGGGCCCUCUGGGACCACAGCACCACUUGCACAAUCUUAUGGAGGGCGUGGCAUCCAAGCAGCAGGAGGGCCUAGCUUCAUACCAAGGUGGGCCGCAUCCGCCUCUCCUGUCCCGCAGACAGAGUUUGGAGACACAAUACCUGACUCAUAGACUACAGGCCAACGUCUUGGCUAACAGUCCUGCUAGCUGCCAACUUUUCUGUAAGGAGACUCCUCGAAGUUUAGAGCAACAGCUGCAGGAACACAGACUGCACCAGAAGAGGAUGUACCUGCAGCAGUCACAGGGCAUGGGGCUGCAGGCCUACUUCAACCAGAUGCAGAUAGUUGAAGGAUCCUACCCGACAGGCAGCCCUGCUCUGGACCUGGCAGCAUCUCAAAGUUCCCCUCAGGGCCCCCCCAUGUCAGCUGCCCACCAGCCUCAGCCCCAGCAGCAGGGCAGCCCUCAGGCUUCGCCUCCCUUCAGCCACCCCCAUAGCCUCAGUCCCUUGAUGGAACCAGGCGAGGGCCUGGUUUAUGAUCCCUACAUGAGCCACCACCACUACACCCAACACCUUCCACCUGGAUCUCACCUCUACCACCAGCUCCACAACCCCCAGCCUCAUGAAGCCUCUACCAGCGGCCUGGGCUUCAGCUACCCUAUAGAUUGCGAGCAGCAGUUCCUGGGGCCUUCCUCUGAGGUUCUUCUUGCAGAGCAGUAUGAGUUCCCGCUGGACCCCGCCUUGCUGCCCCCGCCAGCCCCAGGAGAGGCUGAGGCUGGAGCUAUGACCAGGGUUUUGGCUGGUCCGGGGCAGUCAGACGGCCUGGGCCUGCCUGAGCUGCAGAGCUCCCUCCUGGACAGUGAGAUGAUGGAGACCGUGGACUCCCAGCAUGGCUUCGUACUGGUCAACUAAAGCCAGAUGAGGGGGUUUAUAGAAAGCAGUAUUAAGCAAUGAGAACCCACACAGCACUAAGAGCAGAGAGAAUGGAGAUAUAAGUGGAGGCCACAAGCGUAGCAACAGGGAAGGAGAAGUGUUAAUUUUUGUACGACUAAUACAAACUUCAUUUCUUAGUUGUGACGAACCUCAGACAACCUUUCUACCAAAAUCCUCCCUUAGCCUACCUCCCUUUCUCCCUCUCCUCCUCUGUUGUCAUCAGCUCUGUGAGGCAAGAACAGGUCCGAUAAAUGGCACAAUGUGAGCUUUGCCGUGCUGACUUGGCAAAGCUGCAGUUGUCAUGGACAUUGUCCCACCUGUGAGGACUGCGCCGUGCAGCCCGGGGAGGGGGGGGUGCUGCACAUCUUGCAGGCUGCCAGAGUGAAGCAUUUCACCUAGAAAUGGUUUGGAAGUCAACUAAUUUAGGACUGACUGACAGGCAACCAAAAGGACAAUGGCUGGCAGUGCUUUUUGUAUUUAAAAUAGGACACCAUCAACAACAAUAGACUGGUUCUUAAAACACUGUUGUGCAUUUUUAUUUUAUUUCAGUAGAUUAAAAAAACAACUGAACAAGAGAAAAUGGCCCUCAUUUAUCACGGUACCACGAACAUCUCCGCAAAUUCAAGUGUUAAAAGUGUUUUAUAGGAAUUAUUUCACACACUAAUGUGAGCUCAAAGGCUAAAAUGACGGCCGUAUUGAUGAGUGCAUAUGUUUCAACACUAGUAUUCCUCCAAAAACAACAACAGGUCGCUUUUGUUUGUCAUUAGUCUGAACAGAUACCAUGAACAUGCUGAGUGAAGCAGCAGGUUGGUCAGUAACGCACCAUUUGUUGAGCUACGUUUGUGCUUUUUACAGCGCUAAAAACUCUCUCCAAGCUAUUUUUUAGUUCAUUAACUAAUAAAUAAUAGAUAUAACACAAUUCUUCAAGCUAUUGUGUAAGCUAUAUGACAUAAAUACUACAGGUUUUUUUUUUUUCUUGUGUUUUUCGUAACUACUGAUCCUGAUUUAUUUCUUACACUACUGAACUGCUAUUUCACCCUUUCCAUCUGACUGCACACUCGCCAGCUGUCAUUACAUUCAACAGGAUGAGGACAAUUUACCAGUUUUUGCGGGGCAAAAUGGCCACACGCCUAUUUAACAGUUGAAUUGUGGGUCAUGCGUUGGCCUGAUAAAUGAGGGCUAAUGUAAUUAACCUGUGUUUGGUUGAGAAGUAGCAAUGUUAGACAGUCAAUAUUAUUCUAUUUUUGUGGCAAUACUGAAGCAAUAUUAAUCCUUAAUGUCGAGGGAUUAUGAAUGGAAGCCUCACCUGUACAGCCAACUCUGAUUGGUUCCCGGGGACCUCUGAUGAGUCGUCAGCAGUGACAUCACUUGAGCUGAUGAUGUAACCAGGAGAUAAUCUUUCACUCACUCGCCCUGGAAGCGCAGGGACAAGCCUGGAGACUGUGUGUGUGUGUGUGUGUGUGUGUGUGUGAGUGUGAGUGUGAGUGUGUGUGAUUGUUUGUUUGCACAAUUCAUACUUCAGAUUUGUCAAAUCAUGAUUUGUCAUCAUUAGUGAAAAAUACAAACACUGUAUUGACGUCUCCAUUCAAAAUAAAAACAAACUGUGCUUUUCCCUCAGCGCACAGUUGUAGCUGUUAGAUAAA